AUGGUGAGACCAUUCGAGCCCUACCACGAUGAACAGGAACCACUCAUGAAGGACGACACAGAGCGCAACGAUGCCGGCACCGGCGCUGGCGCUGGAACUAGCACAGUCACCGAGAUUGACCACCCUGAUGCGCCGCUGGAAAGCCCGAGUCCCGUCGUUGUUGCGACUAACAGCCCCGGCACAGCGCUCGAAGUCAUCGACGACAACAGCAGCAGCGACGGCAAUGCGCCCACGCCGCGCUUCAUCCAGGACGAGCGCUCGUCCAAGCGCUGGAAGAAGAUUCCCUAUCCCGUCCGCCGAGUCCUGCUCGCAAUUGGCAAAUGGUCAAAGGGUCCGCCGAACGCCCAGCCGUACCGCAUAAAGCCAUUGUUCCCGGUGGUGCAGGAAUAUCCGCUGUUCCUCGUGGAGCAAUUCCUGCCCAAGGCCUAUCGCUUUUGGACCGUCUUUCUCUACUUUUCCGUAUGGCUCAUCACUUUCGUGCUGGUCAAGCGCCAAGAGACGAUUGCCUCUACCGUCGCGGGCUGGGGCCAGUCGCAGCCCAUCAGCUGCGGUGAUACAUACUGGAGCGCGGGCAACGGGUGCGGCUUGGACGGAAACGACUGCAGGCCGUUCAAUGGCAGUGGAUUCGCUUUCCAAUGCCCGGCCUCGUGCGACAGCUACCACGUCCUGAACCCCAGAGCAGUUGGCGACCAGGAGAUUAUCUACCGGUCGUUGGUGAUUGGAGGACCGUCCAGCGACGUCCAUCCCGAGCUGGCUACAUAUCGCGGCGACUCGUACAUUUGCGCCUCGGCUGUCCACGCCGGCCUCUAUUCCGACUCAAGGGGAGGCUGUGGCGUCGUCGAGCUUGUUGGUCAGCAGCAAGACUUUAUCAGCUCUCAGCGAAAUGGCAUCCAGAGCAUCAGCUUCGAUUCCUACUUUCCGCUAUCGUUCCGAUUCGUUCCGGAUAUCAAAUGCACAGCCAAGGAUUCGCGAUGGUCCAUCUUGGCUCUGUCAGUCGUCUUCACCAGCGUUCUGUCGCUCUUCACGGCCAAUCCGGCGCUCUUCUUCUUCCCCACAUUCACUGGCUUGUUCUGGGCAGUCGGCAUGUCGCUCGACCAGCCCGGGCACUCGACCGUUACCGAUUUGUUCUCUAAUAUUCUGGGCAAAUAUGUGCCUGCCAUGUUUUGCGCAUGGGUCAUGUACGACAAGAUGGGCGUCCGCCGCACGCUCAAUCACUUGACUGCUCAAGUCGAAAAGACUGUCCUCUGGUUGGGCGCCUGCUGGGUUGGCGCUCUUACCAACUACACCUUGGAUUUCAUUCCCAUCCAGCGUCUCAACAAGCAUGACCUCGACCAGCAACCGGGAGCCCGGGCAGCGCUGGCCGUCAUUGUCAUCGUCAUAUUCUGCAUUGCCGUUUCACAAGUAUUCUUCUUUAGACAAGAGGGGCGUUUCAUCAAGUACAUUAAACUGUACGCCCUGUUCAUUUUCGGCAUCAUCAUCUCCUUGACCCUGCCGGGGCUUCAACUGCGCAUCCAUCAUUAUGUCCUGGCCCUUUUGCUGAUACCGGGCACAAGCCUGCAGACACGACCGUCGCUGCUAUAUCAGGGUCUCUUGGUUGGUCUUUUCAUCAAUGGCAUUGCCCGCUGGGGCUUUGAUCCCGUGCUGGAGACGCCUGCAGCUCUCCAAGGAGACGCACAAAAGGGAACACUGCUGCCAACCGUUCCUCAACCAGUAAUCCACAUUGGCGAGGGUGCGCACAGCAUGUCCAACAUCACAUUCACUUGGAAUCAGCCUUCGGGCAAUGCCUACGACGGCAUCAGCAUUCUAGUCAAUGACGUAGAGCGUUUCCGGGGAUAUUUUGACGACAUCAUCGACCGACAAGACAGCUUUGUCUGGCACAGAAACAGCACCCUAGACCUGCCAGAAUACUUUAGAUUUGCAUUCAUGCAGGGGAGCUCGAGCGGAGAUUAUACCAAGGCCGGCAUCUGGUCGGCGGAGGGUGAGUGGACGCCGAUGAAGGCUGGGCCGUCGCGGGUCAAGGCCAGGAGCGAGGACGACCAUAGAGUAGUUCGACGAUGA